ACCACCUCGAUUCAAACGUGUUUUUAAUUUGACUCGAGCUGCAACCUCUCGUGAUCUCUCGAUCGUUGUGUUGCUAACUAGCUAGCUAAAUCUUGAAUAAUAAACCGUAAUUUGAGGCGAUAGAGACGGUUAGGAAUUUGUAAUCAUAAAUGUACAAUAUAAAACAUAAUUGUGUAGAAUGCCGCCAUUUGACGAGUGGAGACUUGGUUAGCAAGCUAGGAUAAGUAUGUUAUCGAUUAAAAUGUAUCUUAUCUUAUUUAAUCUUAAUAGCUUGGCUGCAAUGUAACAAAUGUGUGCGAUAAUAUCUAACGUUAGAUGUGUUUAAUGUAACGUUAGUUCUUUUGUCCCAGACAGCACAGUUACGCAUAAUCUAGAUAUCACCCAUUAACUAUAUCUGUUAUGGGUGUAAGGUCAUGAUUAGGUAAUGUUACCAAAAUCUUAGACUUUCCUGGUUUGGAAGGUGGUCUGGUCAAUUUAUUACAGGUUUCAUUCACUAAUGGCAAAGGAAGAAUGCAUUACACAAUGGAACAAAAUAGGGGACACUUCAACACUACGAAACAGGAAAAUCUUUCCCACCUCAGAAAAAAACCUCCAAACCUCAUCCACUCCUUUGUCAAAGGAUGAAAAUAGUCAGACUGCUGGACACUCUCAGUGUUCAAAUGGGACAUCUGCUGAGCUUUCGGCCAGAGAAAAUUUUAGUAAGGAUCCCCCAACCAGAGUGCUGCUGAUGUUGCUAGUGGGGCUUUCUUUUUCUACACGCCUCUACAAGAUAACAGAGCCCCCUCAUGUGUGCUGGGAUGAGACACACUUUGGAAAGAUGGGAAGCUACUACAUCAACAGGACCUUCUUUUUCGAUGUCCAUCCUCCUCUUGGAAAAAUGCUGAUAGGUCUCGCCGGUUACAUGACUGGUUAUGAUGGCACCUUUCCGUUCAUAAAGCCAGGAGAUAAAUAUAAACAUCACAACUACUGGGGGAUGAGAGGGUUUUGUGCCGUGUUGGGCUCCUGUCUCCCAAUUUUUGCCUACCUCAUAGUGCUGGAAUUGUCUCAGUCUCACAGUGCUGCCCUUAUUACUGCCAUCCUGCUCAUAUUUGAUACUGGCUUUAUCACCAUUUCCCAGUACAUCCUGUUAGACCCUAUACUCAUGUUCUUCAUCAUGGCAGCAGUGCUGAGCAUGGUCAAGUUCAACCAGCAGAGAUGCAGCCCUUUUGCUGCCUCCUGGUGGCUGUGGCUGGUACUGACUGGUGCAAACCUUGCUGGGGCAUUGGGAGUGAAGUUUGUGGGUCUGUUUGUCAUUCUGCUGGUUGGACUGAAUACAGUUUGGGACCUCUGGAGGCUUUUGGGAGACCUGAGCCUCUCACUGGUGGAAAUUGCAAAGCACUUCCUGGCUCGGGUUGUUGGACUCAUCCUGCUUCCACUUUUCCUCUACGUUACAAUAUUUGCAAUUCACUUUGUUGUGUUGAACAAAAGUGGACCGGGAGAUGGUUUCUUCAGCUCAGCCUUUCAGUCCCGUCUAAUUGGGAACAAUCUACACAAUGCAUCUAUGCCUGAAUACCUGGCAUAUGGCUCCACCAUCACAGUAAAAAACCUCCGUAUUGCUGGAGGCUAUUUGCACUCUCAUUGGCACUUAUACCCCGAGGGAGUGGGAGCAAGGCAGCAGCAGGUGACAGCCUAUCUCCAUAAGGACUAUAACAAUUUGUGGCUUGUUCACAGACAGGAUGCUAAUGAAUCUCAAUCUGGGACACCUGAUCUGGUUCGUCAUGGUGACAUCAUUCGACUGGAGCACAAAGAAACAACCCGUAACCUUCACAGUCACCUCCAUGAAGCCCCUCUGACCAAGAAACACUUUCAGGUUACAGGCUAUGGCAUUAAUGGCACAGGUGACACCAAUGACCUGUGGCAGGUGGAGGUGUGUGGAGGUCGGAAUGGUGACCUGGUGAAGGUGCUGCGUAGCAAAGUCCGCUUUUUGCACAGAGCUACCGGUUGUGUGCUUUACUCCUCUGGCAAGACUCUCCCAAAGUGGGGCUGGGAACAGGUGGAGGUGACCUGUAGUCCCUACUUGAAGGAGACGCCAAGCACUCAGUGGAACAUUGAAGAUCAUAUCAACCCCAAAUUGCCCAAUAUUAGUUUGUCUGUGCUGAAGCCCCAUUUUCUGGAGAUCUUACUGGAGUCCCACAUUGUUAUGAUAAGAGGUAACCGUGGCUUGAAACCCAAAGACAAUGAGAUGAACUCAAAACCCUGGCAUUGGCCCAUCAACUAUCAGGGAUUGAGGUUUUCUGGAGUGAAUGACACAGAGUAUCGUAUUUACCUGCUGGGGAACCCUGUGGUUUGGUGGAUUAACCUGGCCAGUUUGGGAUUGUAUCCUAUCAUGGUGGCAGUGGUGUCUAUAGCCCUCCAACGAGGUUUCUCAUUGGGCCAAAAAAGAAUAGAGCAUUCUCUUGUGCUUAUGAGAGGAGGAGGACUGCUACUUGGUUGGCUGCUGCACUAUGCACCUUUCUAUACAAUGGGCCGUGUCCUCUACUACCACCACUACUUUCCUGCAAUGCUCUUCAGCAGCAUGCUAACAGGAAUUACAUUCGACAUUCUGUUGAAAAGCACUGAUCUGAUACUCAGCCCACCUUAUUCUGAUCAUCUGCAGAGAAUCGGGCAAAUGGUACUUCUGUUCGGUGUUCUUUACAGUUUCUACCUGUUCCAUCCACUCUCCUACGGCAUGACGGGUCCUCUGGCACACGAGCCGGGAAGCACCAUGGCUGGCCUGAAGUGGAUGGACUCCUGGGAGUUCUAGUCCGCUUUUGCAUGAAGAAGACCCAAAUAUUGUGAUGUAUAACUGUUCUGAAUAUGAGGGAAUUUAAUCAAUCAUCUGUCUCACAGACUUGUGGUCUUAUUGUUUACACAAACGCAUCAUUUUUAUUAUGUACUUACUGCACCUGUCCACGUAUUCAUGUGUCUCCACAUUUCCAAGUAUUGUAGUCUAUAAUGUGUAAAAAGGGGAGGAACAGUUGUAUUAGACGGACUUGAAUCUGUGUAUAAUGAAAGCCAGAGUGUUGUGGAGAAUAAAGAUGUAGACACUAAUCAUUACCAAGCUGCCUUAACUCACAACACAUCUUACAUCCUGGACUUGUAUAUGAAUAUGUUUAUACUGUAUGUCACAAUAAUAAGCUAAAGUGCCUGAAAGGAGCUAGUGAAAGUAAAGUGGAACUGCUGCAGCUACCUGUUGGUCAGUUUUGAAGAAAAAAUUUUUUUGUUAGUUAUAGGUUAUUAUAUUAUUGUAUUUUCAUUUGUGAUUGUCUCGUGCCUGGUAUUUUAGUAUUAGUGCUGUUCAGUACUGGCUUCUGUUUUUACAUUAUAAGACUACUACUCACUGUGUCAUAUGCACAUUUCAGUAUGAUAAAUAAACUGAUAUUCUUGUA